CUUCUUCCCCCUAUCCCUCCCCUGCCUUACCCCCUUCUUCCCCUUGUUCCCUCUCCUCCUUACACCCUUCUUCCCCCUUUCCCCCGUUUCCUUAUGCCCUUCUUCCCCCUGUUCCCUCUCUUCCCUCUCUUCCUUACACACCGUCUACCCCCCUUUCCCGUCUCUGCCUUACCCCCUUCUUCCCCCUGUUCCCUCUCUUCCAUACAACCUUCUUCCCCCUUUCCCGUCCCAUCUCUGCCUUACCCCCUUCUUCACCAUGCUCCCUCUCCUCUUCACACCCUUCUUCCCCCUUUCCCGUCUUUGCCUUACCCCCUUCUUCCCCUAUUCCCCUCUCUGCCUUACCCUCUUCUUCCCCCUGUUCCCUCACCUCCUUACAACCUUCUUCCCCCUUUCCUGUCUCUUCCUUACCCCCUUCUUCCCCCUGUCCCCCCCCCCCCCCCUCACAACCUCCCUUUCCCAUCUCUGCCUUACCCCCUUCUUCCCCCUGUCCCCCCCCCCCUUACAACCUCUUUUCCCUUUCCCGUCUCUGCCUUACCCCCUUCUUGAGAACUAUUCCCUCUCCUCCUUACACCCUUCUUCCCCCUCUCCCGUCCCUGCCUUACCCCCUUCUUCCCCCUGUCCCCUCUCUUCCUUACCCCCUUCUUCCGCCUCUCCCGUCUCUGCCUUACCCCCUUCUUCCCCCUGUUCCCUCUCUUCCAUACACCCUUCUUCCCCCUAUCCUGUCUCUGCCUUACCCCCUUCUUCCCCCUGUUCCCUCUCCUCCUUACACCCUUCUUCCCCUUUUCCCGUCUUUGCCUUACCCCUUCUUCCCCCUGUGCCCUCUCUUCCUUACAACCGUCUACCCCCUUUUCCCGUCUCUGCCCUUACCCCCUUCUUCCCCCUGUUCCCUGACCUUCUUACAACCUUCUUCCCCCCUUUCCCGUCUCUGCCUUACCCCCUUCUUCCCCUAUUCCCCCCCCCCCCCCUUUUUGCAACAUCUACCCCCCUUUCCCGUCUCUACCUUACCCCCUUCUCGAGAACUGUUCCCUCUCCUCCUUACACCCUUCUUCCCCCUCUCCCGUCCCUGCCUUACCCCCUUCUUCCCCCUGUCCCCUCUCUUCCUUACCCCCUUCUUCCCCCUGUUCCCUCUCUUCCUUACAACCCUCUUUCGCCUCUCCGUCUCAGCCUUACCCCCUUCUCCCCCCUUUUCCCUCUCCAACUUACACCCUUCUUCCCCCUUUCCGGUCUCUUCCUUCCCCCCGACUUCCCCUUUUGUGUUCAUGUACCUCCCUAUCCUUCUUUCGCCUUUCCCUGUCUGCCAUUCACCAUACUUCUCCCCUUCUCCCCUCUGUGUUACAACCUUGUACCGCAUUUCUCCAAUAUGCCUUGCACCCUUCUCCCCCUUGUACACUCUCUUCCUUUCACCCUUCAUCCCCCUGACGCCACUCUGCCUUACUCUUUGAAUCCCCCUUUCCCAUCGCUCCUUUACACCCUUCUUCCCCCACUCCCCUCUCCGCCUUUCUCGACCUUACACCCUUCUUCCCCCAAUCCCCUCUAUGCCUUGCCCCCCUUCCUCUGCCUUUCCACCCUCUCCACCUUACACCCUUCUUCCCCCUUUAUCCCUCAAUCCACUCUCUCUUAUUAUAUCCCUCCCCUCCCUCUCCUCUCGUAUGCCGAUCUCCCCUCCCUGUUUAUUCCCCCCCUCGCCUUCAUUGCACCGUACGCGACGGCCAAUCCGCACCUCUCUGCUCAACAUCUCCAAUCCGCACCCCACGCCUUGCCUGCACCACUUCCGGGGUGUAACGUCAACACUCUGGGAGAGGGGGAAAUGGGUACAACGCGCCAUCUCUUCCUUGCCUCUCUCCUCCCUCUUCCUUCUCUCAUCUCCAUCCCCUCUCUCCUCCGACUUCCCUCACGCCCCACCCUGCCCUCUCUACUCUGCCUUUCCUUUCUCACCCCCCUGCUCGCUCUCCUCCCCUCUCAAAUCUCAACUCCCGAACCUCUCCUCCCCCUCUACCCCUCCCAGACCUCUAUCCCUUCAAUGCCCUCUCUCCCCUCUCUGCCCUCUCUCGACCCCUUGCCCUACCCUCCCUCCCUUAUCUCUCUCCCCUCAAUAAUAUGCUGCAAUGUUGUCUCCCUUCUGCCGCACACUGCCCGGGCCCCAUUCUCUGUCAUUUUGCACUCCAUGAUCUAG